CAUCGCCCGAACUGUGUGUGAAGGUGCGGUGCUGCGAGCAAGCAACUGGCUUCCGUAGUGAGAAAUGAGAAAAAAUGAUAAAACUGGUGCUGAGGUUGGCAAACAAGAAAAAUUAUCUUCCUAACAUACUACAGUAUGCCAGUGAAGUGGUGGUGCCCAAACUCGCAGUGAUACCACGCAGUACGAGUCAGUGGCAUUGAAGCCAACGCAUCAACAAUCACCAUUCGCACCAUGGUUCCGAACGGAGGAUACGCACUGUCCAUCGUAAUAAUGGCCAUCUGCCAGGGUGGUGCCCUAUCAUCAGACAAUGCCAGCGUAAUGCACGGUGGGGUUGCGUCGGCCAAUGCGAGUGCAGCAGUCGCGGAAAUCAUUGGUGCCCUGUCGGUCCCGUCCCCGGAACAGAAGAACGACAACGUAGUGCCCAUUCCCGAGCACCACCAGUACGAUCGUUCGCAGCGCAUUGUGCCACGGAAGGGCGUCAUAAACGAUAUCACGCGGAUAGGGACCGCUCCGCACUACGAAAUCAACGGCUCAGGCCAGCACACAGGCACGGCGGUGUCCGCGGUACCGAAACCAGAAGUCCGUGCAGCCACAACGGUAGCGCAGCACUCGUCUCCGACUGCCGCUGCCGCCAACCACACCAACGUUACAAAAGGUGAGCCACCGUUGGGGAACUCCGCUUCGGGUCACUCGAUCACCAACAGCUCGGCCGGUGCGUUACCCACGUCUGCACCGGGCACAGUGGCACCGCCGGUCAAACUGUCCCCGGCGACGUCUGCACCAUCGGUGCACACCGCGGUGCCGCCAGCAGUGACCGCCUCUGCAUCGAACCGGACCGUCACUGCACCACCUUCCCCCGUAACGACAAUCAAAACGUCGACAAUGUCAACCACGUCGACAACAGCGCUGCCGAGAACGACAACGACAGCGGCUCCUUCGAAACCUCCAAAGAAGCCAAAAAUUGUGUUUUCCGUCGAGGACGAGCCGAAGUUGCUGCACGCUGCCAAAACUAGCUACUUCGUGUCGCCGUACGAUCCCGUCGACAGUGAGGACCGGCACCGGGUAGACGAGCCGCUGGCCCAGCUCUCGCAAGAAUACAUUCCGCAGCAGGGCGGAAGCGGCUUGCCGAACGAGCACCGUGAGUACAUCCUGCCGAUCGUGACGCUCAUCUUCGUUAUCCCGCUGCUGUUGGGACUGUUCCUGCUGUCGUACCGGCGGGCCAAGGAGUUCUGGCUCACGCGCCACUACCGGCGCAUGGAUUUUCUCAUCGACGGCAUGUACAACUACUGAGAAAUCCCGUUGACGGAACGUGAGAAAGUGCCUUGCCGGGAAAUGCCGUUCGUUAGCCGCACCACCCAUUCUCCACGGUACGCGCGUGAUCCUCGCGUAUCAAUCAUCCCCAGGAUCGUAAGUUUAGUGAAACAUCGCGCUGUAAAUUUAAAAUCUAAGUAAUCCUGUUGCGCCGUGCGUCGUUGUAUGUAAUCCAUUGUGUAUAAGGCCCGCAAGUUACGGGUGAUUGAUUUUUUGACCCCCUUGUCGGUCGGUGUUACAAAGAGAAAGUUACACUCGUCUCUAGGUGAGGUUUUUUUUUAGCUCUUUUCCUACGGAAUGUUUUUUCCUUUUUAGUAUCCUUUCUUUUUAUCCGCAUAUAAAACUAUCAAAUAGACGACAAGCAAUAUUCACAAGUUCUUGUGUGCCUUCGCUUUCGCUUGGUAAUAUCACCUCAGCAGCAGGAAAGCUGCGAACUGCGAACUGCGCGACCGCGCGAUCCUACUGAUCGGGGUACG